AUGGGGAGACUGAUUUAUCUCCUUAACACGAGACCAGAGUUAUGUUACUCUGUCCAUCUAUUGUCUCAGUUUAUGACGCAGCCUAAGGUGGCUCAUUGGGAAGUUGCAUUGCGUCUCGUUCGUUAUUUGAAGGGUUCCCCUGGUCAAGGCAUCUUUCUCUCGUCUGAUCCCGAUCUUACUCUUACAGUUUACUGUGAUGCCGACUACAACUCUUGUCCCUUGACUCGUCGCUCGCUCAGUGCUUUUGUUGUGUUGCUUGGAGGCUCUCCUGUUGCGUGGAAAACCAAGAAGCAAGAUACGGUAUCACACUCUUCCGCCGAAGCUGAGUAUCGCUCCAUGGCUGUGGCUCUACGUGAAAUCAAAUGGUUUCGCCGUGUGUUAGCCGGCCUUGGAGUUGACCAGACUCAGCCUACACGUUUGUUUUGUGACAAUAAGGCGGCCAUCCACAUAGCCUCCAAUCCAGUUUUCCAUGAGCGAACAAAACAUGUCGAGUCCGAUUGUCACGCGGUUCGGGAUGCAGUUGAAGAAGGUGUUAUUGUUACGGAUCAUGUUCGUUCCGAGGAGUAA